AUGUCUUUUGAGAAAGAAAAACCUGUUGUGACUGACGAGAAGGAUACCGCCGUUGGCGAGGUUCACGACGUUUGCGAGGUCCAACCUCACAUUAUGGACUGGAUUGCUCGUCAACUUGGUAUCCCACCUAACGAUAUCGACGGUACCUAUCCUCCUGAGGUUGCCUUCAUGGCUGAGAAGUUUUCUGAGAUGACCGAGAGCGAAGCGGUGGAGAUUUGCACAAAGGCUCUUCACAGUCAUAGGGUCGACCCCAACUUCAAGGACGCCUACAAGGAUCAGCUGGCUGAUCUAUUGGACGCUCUGAAUGGCACCAACUAUUCUGAUGAGAAAGAUGACUUGGAAUCCCCAUACAAUGAUCCCGUUGAACGAGCCAUGCUUCUCAAGUACUGGGCCACUCUCUUCAAUUGGUGGUCUCCUUAUCCCGAGGUAAGAGCCGUAACUGACCCCAUCGAUGAAGAUAACACCACAGUGAUGACCUGGCGAGUUAUCCUGCUAGGUACCAUCUGGGUCGCGGUGUCGGCCUUUGUCAACCAGUUCUUCGAGCCUCGACUUCCCGGUAUUUCUCUGAGUGCCUCCGUCGUCCAGCUGCUGCUCUAUCCCUCCGGUAGACUGUUGCAAUACUGUCUGCCAGACUGGGGGUUGACUUUUCGAGGAAACAGAUACACCCUCAACCCUGGACGAUGGUCGCAGAAAGAACAGCUGCUGUGCACCAUCAUGGUCAACUGUGCUGCUGGUACCCCCUACGUCACAAGUAACAUUUUCGUCCAAUACAUGCCCAUGUUCUACAACCAAUCCUGGGCUGGAGGUUUCGGAUACUCUUUCCUGCUAAUGUUGGUUACUCAGUUCAUGGGCUUUGGAUUAGCUGGUCUGCUCCGAAGAGUCGCCGUUUACCCCAUCAUGUCCAUGUGGCCCACUAUUCUCCCUACACUGGCAGUCAACAAAGCUCUUCUCGCCCCGAACCGAAGAGAGUCCAUCAAUGGAUGGACUUUGAGUCGAUACACCUUCUUCUUCAUUGUGUUCAUAGGCUCUUUUCUUUACUUCUGGGUCCCCAACUACCUGUGGCAGGCCUUUUCUACUUGGAACUGGAUGACCUGGAUUGCCCCCAAUAACGCUGAUCUUGCAAUUGUCACUGGUUCCUUUGGAGGUAUGGGAUACAACCCCAUCCCCACGUUCGACUGGAACAUGAUCACCGGAGGAAUCUCUCCCAUUCUCAUGCCCCUCUACACCUCCAUCAACUUUGUCGGUGGUGUGUUUGUCUCUGGACUGGUCAUCAUGGCCAUCUACUACACCAACAACAACUACACCCGAUGGAUCCCGAUUAACACCAACGAGUUGUACGACAACACAGGUAACCCUUUUGACGUCAAGAAGAUUCUCACCAACUUUGUGUUUGACGACGAAAAAUACAGAAAAUACUCCCCUCCGUACUACUCAGCCGCCAACCUGGUCACCUACGGCGCUUUCUUCGCCAUGUAUCCCAUGUCUUUUGUCUACUCGAUUCUGUGCCACUACGAGACGAUGGGUGUGGCUCUGAAAGACACCUGGAAGUCUCUGAGAUAUAUUCACCGAUCCAACUUUGAGGGACUUGAGGAUCCCUUCUCUCGAAUCCAGCGAAAGCACAAGGAAGUUCCCGACUGGUGGUUCUAUUGUAUUCUUCUCAUCAUGUUCGGUCUGUCUAUCGCUCUGGUUGAGCACUGGCCGACAGACACUCCUGUGUGGGUCAUUGUCCUCUGUCUGGGUCUUGUUGUCAUCUUCCUCUUCCCCUUCACCAUCUUUGCAUCUCUGACCGGUGUGUCUCUUACCCUCAACGUGCUGGCUGAGCUCAUUGUAGGAUACGCUCUUCCUGGCAAGUUCCAGGCCCUCAAUACCGCCAAAGCUCUGACUGUCCAGAUUGCUGGCCAGGCUCAGAACUACGCCAGUGACCAGAAGCUGACCCACUACGCCCACUUGCCUCCCCGAAGCAUUUUCAGUUGCCAACUGUGGGCCACUCUGGUAAACGGUCUGGUGUGUCUGGGAGUCCUCCAGUUCCAGAUGCACGAUGUAAAGGACAUCUGUGACCCCCAUAACAAGCUAAAGUUCACUUGUCCCGGAGAAACCACCUUCUUCUCCGCGUCCGUCAUCUGGGGUGUCAUUGGACCCAAGCGAAUCUUCGACCACCAAUAUCCUGCUCUCAAGUGGAUGUUUCUGCUUGGAGCUGGACUCGCCAUGUGCUUCUGGGCAGCACAGAUACUCAUCCCCAACCUGCUCAUGAAGAAGUAUCCCAUCAAGACUCGAAAGAUCCAAAAGAUCCAGCGAAUGUUGCUGUCAGUCAACCCAAUUCUCGUUGUCAAUGCCUUCAUUGCCGGUUGGGCGCCCACAAACCUCAGCUACUUCACAGGAGGCUUGUAUGUGGCGCUGUUGUUCAACGGAUACAUCAAGAACCGGUUCUUGGCUUGGUGGAGAAAGUAUGCCUAUGUGUUCUCGGCAGCCAUGGACACUGGUAUCGCGCUCAGUGGUAUCAUCAUUUUCUUUGCUGUCCAGUACAACGACUACAGCAUUUCGUGGUGGGGCAACAACGUGAUUGCCGAGGGUUUGGACUACAAUGGAGUUCCGCCUCCCCCUCUUCCCGACGUGGGCUACUUUGGACCGGGCCCUGACCAUUACCCUUAA